AUGGGGUCGUUGUUUAGAAGUGAAGAAAUGACUUUAUGUCAACUUUUUCUGCAAAGUGAAGCAGCAUAUGCCUGCGUGUCCGAGCUCGGUGAAUUAGGACUUGUCCAGUUUCGUGAUUUAAAUCCUGACGUAAAUGCGUUCCAACGCAAGUUCGUCAAUGAGGUCCGACGUUGUGACGAGAUGGAGCGUAAGCUUCGUUACUUGGAGAAGGAGAUCAGACGCGACGGCAUUCCAAUGCUGGAAAUUCCCGGCGAGUGCCCGGAAGCCCCGCAGCCCAGGGAGAUGAUCGAUCUUGAGGCAACAUUUGAGAAGUUAGAAAACGAACUGCGAGAAGUCAACCAGAAUGCAGAAGCUCUCAAAAGGAACUAUCUCGAGCUAACUGAACUAAAACAUAUUCUCAGAAAAACUCAAGUAUUCUUCGAUGAGCACGAGGGUGGUGUCAAUACCACUGAAUCGAUGACCCGCGCGCUGAUUUCCGACGACCCCAACAAACAUAUGGGACACGUCCAACUAGGUUAUCGGGAUAAACAAGAAUCCUUGGAAUUCCUGCCUUGGUUAGUAGUGUACAAAGUUAAUUUUAGCGUAGCUGGGUAA